AUGUCUAACAUACCCGAAUCACAAGCCCCCAAGAAGAGAGCCGCAUGCGAUCGAUGCCGUACCCAGAAGUUGCGAUGCCUGCGAGUACCUGGCCAUCCCACAGACUCGUGCAUUCGAUGCGUGCGCUCGCAGAUGGAAUGCGUCACCAGCUCGUCCAAGCGUCCUGGCCGUCCGAGAAACCCUGCAAAGCACCCUGAUGCAGCAGCUGCUUCGGCCUCCACCGAAAUGAACCCUCCGCUGCACACAGUGGAUAUCCAGAUACAGUCCCUGGAUUCUGUCGACGACUGGUUCAACUUUAGUUCCCUGGAGACAGACUAUGAUAUAUGUUCUGCCCCCUGGAGCUCGAUGGAUUCAGGGCUCCCCAUGGAGGAUAUUGCUACAGCGCACUCCAUAUCUUCGCUGUCCACGCCUCCUCCCUUGGUACCUUCCACCACUCCGACCUUCGUCAACACUAUGACUGCCGAUACAAGUCCAGAUGAGCAGUUUUCCCACGAGGUUGAGCAACAGGAUGAAGAGAUGCUGCAGCUGCAGCUCCUGGCUCCUCAACCCUUUACCGGAAACUUCGACCACGGCCUCCAUAUCUCGAUGCUGCAACGCCAGCUCUCUCAGCAAUUAUUCACACUGAAGUCCAUGCCCUGGGACUUGACCACAGUCAUGCGUUUAACCUGCCUGCACGACAUUGACCAGUCAAGCCCCAGUCAUGGGGAUUCCAAACCAAACCCAUUGGCCAAAAUAGCCAAAACCUCAGGCGAGUUUGCCCAGCUUCUAUGGUCUGUUCAAGCCCCAAUCGCAGGCGAUUCGGGGAGCAGCACAUCAAAGAGCUCGAGUCCGCUGUCGUCGAUCCAUCCGCGCCUGAGCAUGGCGGACCUGCUCACCAUCCUCUCCUGCCACAUGUUGACCAUCUCCAUCUAUGAUUCAAUCUUCUCGCACUUUACCGAACAGGCCUCCCACAACCCGGGUGCCGUUAAUAUCGUCCUGCAGUCAGCCCCGAAGCUUUUCCUUGGGGGCAUCGCGGUCCCGCCGCGGCUGGAUAUGCUGAGCCACCUCCUCUACUGCGUUGCGAGCAGCCAGCUUCGGCCGAUAGAAAUGUUAUUGGGCCUCCCGGACGAGUGCUGCGUCUCGCUGAAGCGAAAUAGUGCCAACAAAGAAAAGCAAACAGGCUUGUUCAGUGGGCAGAGCGGCCAGCUGCUGUUCUCCACCCUGAUGCAAGUUGAGACGGAGACGGCAAAUGAAGAGAGAGGUGGCUUGGGCGUUAUUGAGUCUCUGAAAGAGAAGAUACGGCGGAUCCAAGGUCUCGAGUGA